CAUACAAUAUCUUUGCUUUUGCUUAUAUAUACUUGAUAUAAUUUUGUAAAAAUGUCUCCGGGAAGCUUUGUGAACUCUGACAGUGAUUUGGAAAGUGUUAUCUCUUUUAAAAAUGCACCUAAGCCACGCCGUAGUAGCACUGGACCAAAAUAUUUUUGCAGCAUAGAGUGUUGUGGCCAAAGUUUCAAACGGCUGGAUCAUCUAGAUCGACAUGAAUUCCAUCACACCGGAAUAAAAAAACAUCAUUGCCUUUAUGACGGUUGCGAUAAGGUCUACUCGAUAUUGACGCACUUGAAGCGUCAUCUGCGUACAACGCAUGAACGUGUUGUGCCGCCUACGAAGAAUGUAUCUUGUCAAGUACCUGGUUGUUUGAAAAUGUUCCAGACUGAGACCAAUAUGCUUCGCCAUAUACGAGAGGUACACGAAAAUCCAAAAAUCUAUACAUGCGGAUUUUGUUCAGAAAAGUUCACACAAAAAUUAAAAUUGCGGAGGCAUGAGAUUCAAAAACACACGGAAAAAUAUCCUUACACUUGCAAGAAGUGCUCAAGAGGGUUUUACCAGCAAUGGCAACAUGACCGGCAUGCCCCCGUUUGUAAAGUAUACAUUUGUUCAAACUGUAACACAAAGUUCGAUAAAUGGACGCUGUAUCUGAAGCAUUGCAAAGAAAAGCAACAUGGGCGCAAAUAUUACCGGUGCGAGCAUUGUGAGCGUGUGUAUAACAGACCGAGUGAAUUGCGGAAGCACAUAGGUGCAAAGCAUGUUGAUGAAGAGCAAAAAAUGAUUUUUAAAUGCCAAACCUGUGAUCUUAGCUAUGCUUACGAACGAAAUCUGAGACAACACAUGCGUAUUGCCCACGAUGGCAAACGAUUUGAUUGCAGCGUUGAAGGAUGUGAACGUGUUUUCAGUAGUGGACAAAACUUGGCCAAGCAUUUAAAACGCGUGCACCACGGACCAGCAACAGAAGAUACAAGUAAAAUAACAGAAAAAACUAAAAAGCUUCCAGGGAAGCGAAAAAAACGAAAGGAUGCUGGUCAAUCAAUUAUUUCGAAUCUUGCAAAAUUUAGUGGUAUAGCGGUUAACAAAACACUGGACAAACUACUAAGAGAACGAGAAGACGAUGCCUUAAAAAUUGCUGGGAACGUUUUAAUGGAACAACAAAGUGAGAGUGAAGAUAGCGAAUUUGACGUACCGCUUGCAAAACUCGCACGGGCGUAUAAACCCGAAAGCACAAUUAUUUCAAUAGAUGGUUUAGAAACUUUAAUAUCUGAAAUCUUAGCCGACGCCUAAUAUUUUACAAGAUUAAUUUUUAGUUAAAUUUUUAAUCAAUUUCAAUAUUUUAUAUUAAACGCACUGUAUUGCAUCUCUUAAACAACA